CACCGCUCCGCGCCUCCGCUCGCGCCCAUCCAUGCCCGUGCCGCCGGUUCGGUGUUAGGGCUGAACCGCAGCGGCUGAAGAAAAUGGGGCAGCGCUCGGGCCGGGCCGUGCUGCUGCUGCUGGCGGGGCUGCUGGGCGAGGCGCGGGCAGGAUUCCCCAACACCAUCAGCAUCGGUGGACUUUUCAUGAGAAACACUGUUCAGGAGCACAGCGCGUUUCGUUUUGCUGUGCAGUUAUACAACACAAACCAAAACACCACCGAAAAGCCCUUCCAUCUGAACUACCACGUAGAUCACUUGGACUCUUCCAACAGUUUUUCAGUGACAAAUGCUUUUUGCUCACAGUUUUCCAGAGGAGUUUAUGCCAUCUUUGGAUUCUAUGACCAGAUGUCAAUGAACACACUGACGUCGUUUUGUGGAGCCCUUCACACGUCCUUCAUCACACCCAGCUUCCCAACAGAUGCAGACGUGCAGUUUGUCAUCCAAAUGCGGCCAGCACUAAAAGGAGCCAUCUUGAGUCUCUUGACCUAUUACAAGUGGGAAAAGUUUGUGUACCUCUAUGACACAGAACGGGGAUUUUCCAUUCUCCAGGCAAUUAUGGAAGCAGCAGUUCAAAACAACUGGCAAGUGACAGCCAGAUCUGUAGGAAGCAUAAAGGAUGUUCAAGAAUUCAGAAGAAUUAUAGAGGAAAUGGACAGGCGACAAGAAAAAAGAUACUUAAUUGACUGUGAAGUAGACAGAAUAAACACCAUUUUGGAACAGGUUGUAAUCCUUGGCAAACAUUCCAGAGGCUAUCACUACAUGUUAGCAAACCUGGGUUUCACAGACAUUGUGCUGGAGAGGGUGAUGCAUGGAGGUGCCAAUGUUACUGGAUUCCAGAUAGUUAAUAAUGAAAACCCAAUGGUUCAGCAGUUUCUACAGCGCUGGGUGAGGCUCGAUGAAAGAGAAUUCCCAGAAGCCAAAAACUCACCAUUAAAGUAUACAUCUGCCCUGACCCAUGAUGCAGUCCUAGUCAUAGCAGAGGCUUUCCGUUACCUCCGAAGGCAACGUGUGGAUGUCUCCAGGAGAGGUAGUGCUGGGGACUGCCUGGCCAACCCUGCAGUACCGUGGAGCCAAGGAAUUGAUAUAGAAAGAGCGCUGAAAAUGGUGCAAGUCCAAGGAAUGACAGGGAAUAUCCAGUUUGAUACUUACGGGCGGAGAACAAAUUACACAAUUGAUGUGUAUGAAAUGAAAGCUUCUGGAUCAAGAAAGGCUGGUUAUUGGAAUGAAUAUGAAAGAUUUGUGCCAACAUUAGAUCAGCUGCCCUCUAAUGACACUUCAUCUGUGGAGAACAGAACCAUAGUAGUCACUACCAUCCUGAGAGCAGAUAUAGCUGUUGCCCCCCUCACCAUAACGUUGGUGCGAGAAGAAGUCAUAGACUUUUCCAAACCUUUUAUGAGCCUGGGAAUCUCCAUCAUGAUCAAGAAGCCUCAGAAAUCUAAACCGGGCGUAUUCUCUUUCCUGGAUCCUUUGGCUUAUGAAAUUUGGAUGUGUAUAGUCUUUGCUUACAUUGGCGUCAGCGUAGUUCUUUUCCUAGUCAGCAGAUUCAGCCCUUAUGAAUGGCACUUGGAAGACGGCAGUGAAGAACCACGUGACCCUCAGAAUCCUCCCGAUCCUCCCAAUGAGUUUGGAAUAUUUAACAGCCUUUGGUUUUCCCUGGGUGCCUUUAUGCAGCAAGGAUGCGAUAUUUCUCCAAGGUUUGUUUCACAUCACUCCAUCACCUUUUUGCAUUUUAUGGUCAUUUUCUGAUGCCAUGGUGCAUAUAUGUUCCAUUUUCAAAUUUAUUUUUAAUUCUAAAUUUUUUGUUUUGACAUUUCAUUCAAUGCUGAGCAUCAUCAUCAAGCCACUAUGUUUGCUAACAGUCACCUCCAGAGUGAGUGGCAUUGCCUUAUAAUGCUGAUUAUGCAUUUCUGCCAAACUUAUAUACACCAUGCUAAGGCUGUAAAAUGCAUAGGGUUUUCUGUUUUCAGCAAUGCUUGGAGGGCUACCGUGUUUUUGCUGCAUAUCUCAUUUUACGGUCAUCUCCUUGUUGCAUAAAACAUAUUAUGCUUUGCAAAAUAAGAAUUAUUUAUUUUUUGAAAAGUCACAUGCAACAGCACUUUAAAACACCUCCACUGUCAUGGCUUCUGCUAGAUUUAUUUAUUUUAUUUUUUUGGCUUUCUUUUUUACCUAUUUCUCUAAUUUUGUUCUUCUUGACCCAUCCUUUCAUUUAUUACGUAUUUGUUUACAACAGUGUUUCAUACGUUCAGAUCUGCACGUGCACCUAUCAGCUAUUACGUGCUGUCCUGUAUGUAUCAUCAUUUAAAUCUAGUCCAUCAUCCCUAUGCUCAUAGUCAGUUUGGUCCAAUAAGCAUUGCCAGUUCCCAUACUUUUGUUUUUAUUCAUGAAGACAGUCUUUCUGAGUAAGGCUUUGGUAAAGUACACUUGAUGUUAGCUUCAGUUUAACAGAGAGUGCUGCUAACUAUUGUGGAAUUGUAUUCCUUUUCCAAAAAAGCACUUUGAAAACCACCAGAGAAUAGUGAAGUUCUCUCUAAUUGAACAGUGCAAACCUCAAAUGUAUUUUGAAUAGUAUAUACGUUACACUUCUACACAUACACUGCUAAAAUACUUUGGUGACAUGCCUUUGAUAAGCAGUCGAAUUACCGACAUGUAGUUUCUUAGUGAUGGAACAUUAAUUCUGUUUUGUAUGAAAAUAAUUUUAAAUCCAGUUUACAGCUAUUUUAAUUAUUAAAAUGCCUGUGCAGUACAAACAGGAUGCAGGAUAACAGGAUAAACAGGAUAAAAAAGUUGCUAGUCAAAUCAAGAGAGACAGGUAUUUUGACUGAAUGCUUGUCUUCAGAAUGCACAUUGGUAAUUUCCACAUUUGUGCUCACAAGUUACCAGGCUUUCCUAAGCUAAUUAGUGGGAGACCUCUUGAAUGGUCUCACUGCAGCAAGUGACAGAAUCUCAUGGAAGGAAGUUUCACGGAGAGUACCAAGAUUUUCAGUUAGAAUGUAAAAAUGAUUCUUUAAGAUCACGGUUAUUGCACAUUUAGAUGUCCUAAUUGCAGCAAAAUCCAGGAUUUUCAGAGAUACUGGCAUGUGCCUGUCAGUAUUUGAUGCAAGUCAUUCACGUGUUUUAAAAGCUUUGAUAGCAGCAGUUAGAUUCCACAUGCAGUUGACAGAUGCGUAUAUAUCCUAUAUAAGGCACGCACGUGGCUUUUUUGCCUGGACAGAACCCUGCACUAUUUAUUGUUCACAGCUCCCAGUGUUCCAGUGUGCUGCCUUGCUGUAGCUGUCAGCUUUCUCCUCGUGUUUAUACACUGCGUUUCUGCUUUAUUCCCAAAUUCUGUAAUGAAACUUUGCCUUUCUUUCUGCAGUUAAAUGUGAUGAGUAGUGCUAGCAUUUAAAUUGCUGUUGACCAUGUGUGUGCCCAAUAUGAAAGACCGGGAAAUAAGCACUGGGACAUCACAUGGAAAGCUGCAGGCAUUGCACUGUUUCCACUAGGUCUGUUUAUUGACUGCAAAUUGAAGUCCAUAGGAUUUUUGUUAAGCUCUCAUGUGAUCUUUGACAUGUUCGGCCGUUUACUUUAUAUAACAAGUGGAACAUACUCUAUUUUUUUCAAUACUAACAUGAUAAGUGCCUUGGAAAUACCUACCAGAAAAAGAGUUAGCGGUAAACCUGUUUAUUUUAUCUGUCCAUCAAAAGCUCUUAACUCAGUACCACUGUGUGGUCCUCAUUAGAAGACAUUGUCUGGCAAUUUGUUAUCUUUCAUGGUAACAAGGUCCAGGCAGUUAUGUGCACUGUUACUGAAAAAAAAAAAAAAAAAAAAAGGGAGAUUGAAUACCUUGGUUUCAAUUCCAGAAACACCAUUCCUUUGACUGAUAAGUUGAUUUAGGUUUAUUUAAUGUCAAAUUUCUUCUCCGUUUAAGAAACUAUUCCCAAGUAUUCCAUUCUGAAUCCAGAUCUUUGUAAGGUUAUGCCAUUCACAGUACAUUGACUAUAUGAAUGUUUCAUACUACUUUAUUGCCAUUAAAAAGGGCUUCAGUCUUCCAUUGUGAGUUUUGUCUGAAUAAAUUUCUUAUUCGAGAGCACACAGCACUUGUAGAGAGAUGCCGACAAGCAGUCUGGAGAGAUCACUUUUGUACUUGCUGAUAAAGGCUCUUUCAGCUGCCUUUGUGCGGAACAGCUGUGACAUCUAAUGACUAGUUAGAUCUGUCCUCGGUGAGUAUGCUGUGUGGAUAUUCCAGAGGAUAUAUCCCUGUACUCUCCUCUCUGUAUUUAAUAGGAGUCAUCUCAACUGAGUCAGAAGGCAGCCAAAGGAUGGUGGUUAGCUCAUCCCGCGAUGGAAGCAGCAUUUGUUCCAGUGCUUUUGUUCUGCUAUCAAAGGCUGCUGUGUUUUCUGCUUAGUGAGCUAUAGUAUUGAAAAUUCACUUCUGAUGGCUCAAAAGCAGAUUAUUAAAUUUGCUUUAAUGUAAAAUGUGGACAGCAAAUGGAAUCAGGAGAAAGCAGUCGAAUUUGUAACACUGUUCGGAGCAAAAGUAUCUUUGAAAUCUGUGUGAGACCAUAUAUUUUCAUUUUGCUCUUUAUUCAUGCAGAACAAAGAGGAUAGAUUAAUUAAUUGCUGAUAGGAAAAGACAGGGGGUUUCAUUAAAAAUUAUCACAAGAAGUUGGUCAUUUAAGAGGGUAUAUUUCUAGAUCCCUAUUUUUGUAGCAGAAGGCUCAAGAGACUCCUAUUAAAGACCAUGGGAAUGACUGAGUGGGAGUUUUGGAACGACAACAAGAGUUGGGUAACUAGGUGCUUCUGAAACUCCCCUGCCAGUUCCUAUGAUGAGAGAAUAGAGCAUCUCAAGGCAGAGCUUUAGAUGCUGGUAUUUACUGUGUUCUGUCUCAGGCGGGUGCCUCCUGGCCAAGUGGAGCCAGCAGGGUAGGCAGAGUGCUUGCUGGGCUGGUGAGCAAAGCACUGAGCUCCUAGCAUACAGAGCACUGUGUGCUCAGAAUGAAAAGGGGUCUCAGACAGUAGAUUUUGCACUGAGGUUGGUCAGAGCUUUUUGUCAAUAUAACACCCAUCUUGUAUCGAUCAUAAGAGCCCUAUUAAAAAUUAAUUAGUGUGAAAAGCUUUUUUCUGUUUGUUAUAGGAAAUCAAGAAUGUUUUCUGGCCAUGAAUAGAAACAGAAUUCAAGCUAUUUUGAUAAAUGAAUGAGAUUCUGUUUGAAUGCAUUUUUCUCUUGAAAACUGAAUGUGAAUUUGAAUAUUUGUUUUUCUUUCUUUUCUUGUUACUAAUUUGUUCUCAUUUGACUCCAUGCUUCCUUUUAAAUUUCCUCUCAAGGUAUGCACUCUUCCUGUUUACUUCCAUCUGACCUUGUUUUGGUAAUUGUGUCAUAAUUCUGUUAUAUCAAGGCUUUGUUACUCCUCUCAUUUGUUAACAGUCUAAUUCACUUUAAAAUGAUGUCGUGCAAUGUAUUGAUUUAUUGAAGUAAUUUGGAAAAUGGCACGUUGGGAUAAAACAUUAGUUGCUUGUUUUUAAAUUACAACACUGCACACUUGGACCUGUAUACCUUCAUCACAAAAAGUGGUGCUGGUAUUAAAAGCUGUGAUUGAUUUUUCUGUAAUUGUUAUCUGAGUAACGGAAAAACAUUUCUAUGGUUCACAGUACAAAGCAAACAAGUAUUCUCUUAUUGCCAGCCUGGUGGUUAUGUACUAACCCUUUUUUCUCCCUCAUCCCUCCACACCAGCCCCUGCAGUGGGUAUAAGACGUCUUCAUAUCAGCAGAUGGACUGGGGGGAACUGGGGUGCUCUCGGAAAAGGAGGCUGCCAGGCCAUGUUCAACUAUGCUCUUGUUCUUUGAGUCUUUGUCUGUCUGUCUGUCUGUCUUUCCUUCAGAGUCAGCUUUGUAGUUUGUUUUGUUUUCCUUUUGCUGCAUCCUGUGCUUGACACCAAUUUCAGCAAUGGUCACCCAAGGCGCUUCUUAGCAGCAACUGUUCUGUCUUCCUUUCUGUGCUCAUUGGAAGUCUGUGGGAGAAAGAGCUCUGCAAUGACAUCCAGUUUUCUGUCAAGUGACCUCAACUCUUCCUAGAACUGUUCUGGUCCUCACCAGUCUUGCAUGUAGGACUUUGGGGAACUGUCUUCUUCAAGGUACCCAGCCAUGCCCUCCUGCCCUGCCUCUCAGUUGUUCUCUGUAUUUUGUCCUGUAUCUGUCUGCUUGCUUUAUGCAGGUUGCAACAUCUUGAGGGCAAGAUAUUUUUACCUUCAUCUGUGUUAUAAUGCACUGUAUGAACAUGCAGCUCCAUGGGACUGCGGGUACAGUGGUUUGGAAAAUGCUUCCCUUCCUGCACAUCUUCACCCCAGCAAUGCAUCUGUGCUUCAAGCAGAAGGGGCAGUUCCUGAUGCAAGUAUGACAUUUCCUAAGGGAAACCACAGGGAGGAUGCAUACACGCCUAUUUUUUUUUAACUGAUAGUUCCAUUAAAUUUGUCUAAACACCCUGUCAAUUCUUCAUCUUCCUCUUUCAAGACCUACUGUAAAGCAAGAGGGCCACAGGAACCUGGAGCUGCCAGAUUAACCUGGUCUUGCUGUGUGUAAGCGGAUGCUUCAUCUCCUUAGUCUGGCUCUGAAACUGUCAACCUUGCUGCAAGGAGGAAAAAUUCAAGUCUUUUUCAUCUUGAAGCUGGAAAUUAUGUAGUGAAAGAGUGAGCAAAAGAGGGAUGAAUUUCACCUGGUAGAGCCAUCUGAAAGCAAUAUACUGUGUUCUGGUUAGGCGUCUCAGGCCCUCCAUGCUCAUGAGAGACAGAUGGGCACCUUCAGAUCUAUCCCACGCUAUAGCAAGUGAGAUAAAUCUCAUUCCAAGGAUGUCUGUCUCCUCUCUGUCUCUGUCUUGGCCUCAAAGGAAGCCUUACUCAAUGAGAUCAGCAGGCACUGCUGUGUGGAUGGCUCAAAUUAAGUUUUAGCUUAUAUGAGAGUUUGGUUUGUUGUGUAAGGUAUCCAGUUUUAUGAAACAGCCAAAGCAAGCCCCUAGCUGGCCAGAAAGGGCCUUUACCAUCUCUAAAAUUGCAGAAGAUUGCUCUCUUGUUACGUUCCAUGAAUGUAUACUGAGAUAGAGAGAUUCUUUAUCUUAGUGCAUUAUUCUGGAUUUGUAUUUCUGGAAUUUACUUUGCAGUCAUUCAGUAGCCUUGUGUUAGUUAGCACUGCUGCAGCACAGCCCCAGCUUGGAACCUGAAAGCCUUUCAUCCUCCAGAAGCCCUUGGGACAGACUGGGAAGCCUCCUGUGCUUGGCAGAGAUCCAUCAGGCAUGGUCCUGCCCUGAGGAAGUGCAGCAGCCGUUUCUCAUAGUGUUCUCACCUCAGAAGUCAUUGAUCCUGAUGGACAAAGAGGUGAUGCUUCAUUCCUUAGGCUUCCUGAAGCCUUGUGACCACCUGAACUUUGCACAUUGGUAUGGACCUGCCAUGGGCAAGCAACAGAGCAGGCUGCAACCCGCAGGUCCAGCCCAAACCUGCCCUUCCAGCAGGAACUGCUGUUCAGUUCCUGGGAAGAAGGGAGUGGAGAACUACUUUCUUUCGCCUCAUAGUUUGUUUCUCCACAUUCCUCUAUCCUAUUCCAGACUGCGCUCUCUGUUUUUAUUGUGUUGGAAAUAUUUUUCUUUGGUGUGUUAAUG